AUUCUAUAUAAAAUCCAACUCUACCUUAAACUCAUAACCAAACUCAUCAAAAUAUCAAAAGUUUCAUCAACAAUGGCAUCUUUAGAACCAUCACCAUCUACCACCACCAACAACAACCAGCAAGACCUCCCACUAAAACAAAUCCCAGGCACCUAUGGUCUCCCCUUCAUCGGACCGAUUUUCGACCGCCAUGACUACUUCUACAACCAAGGUAAAGACAAAUUCUUCUCAACAAGAAUCCAAAAAUACAAUUCAACAAUCUUUAGAACAAACAUGCCACCAGGUCCCUUCAUUUCCUCAAACCCAAGAGUCAUAGCACUCUUAGACGCCGCAUCUUUUCCGAUCCUCUUCAACAACAAAAAAGUCGAAAAAUAUAAUGUCCUCGACGGUACAUUCAUGCCGUCGACAAAUUUCACCGGCGGUUACCGUGUUUGUGCUUACUUAGACACAACUGAACCAAGCCAUGCACUUAUCAAAGGUUUCUAUCUUAAUACUCUUUUGUCAAGAAAAGACACUUUUGUCCCUCUUUUUAGAACUAUACUUUCUGAUGCUUUUAAUGUGAUUGAAGAUGAGCUUGCUAGUAAAAAUGGUAAAGCAGAUUUUAACUCUGUUGUUAGUGAUGCUUCAUUUAACUUCAUGUUUCGUCUCUUUUGUGAUAAUAAAGACCCUUCUGAAACUAUCCUUGGUUCUCAAGGUCCUAAAAUGUUUGAUACAUGGCUACUAUUUCAACUUGCUCCACUUGCAACUUUAGGGCCCCCUAAGAUAUUUAAUUAUCUUGAAGAUCUCUUGCUUCGUACUAUUCCAUUUCCAGCUUGUUUGGCAAGGUCUUCUUACAAGAAGCUCUACGAAACAUUUUCUUCAUCAGCGGUAACACUUUUAAACGAAGCAGAAAAAGCCGGUUUAAAAAGAAGUGAAGUCUGCCACAAUAUCGUUUUCACAGCCGGCUUCAACGCAUAUGGAGGAUUAAAGAAUCAAUUCCCAAUUCUCUUCAAAUGGGUCGGUCUAAGCGGCCUUUCACUACACAAAGAACUCGCAAACGAGAUAAGAACCGUUGUAAAACAAGAAGGCGGAGUAACAAUUCAGUCAUUGGAAAAAAUGUCGUUAGUAAAAUCCGUUGUUUAUGAAGCAAUGCGAAUAGAACCUGCCGUCCCUUAUCAAUAUGCAAAAGCAAGAGAAGAUUUGAUCGUGAAGAGUCAUGAUGCAAGUUUCGAAAUUAAAAAAGGUGAGAUGAUAUUUGGAUACCAACCGUUCGCGACUAAGGAUCCUAGGGUUUUCGAUGAUGCCGAGGUUUUCGUUCCAAAUAGGUUUAUUGGAGAAGGUGAGAAGUUGUUGAAGUAUGUUUUAUGGUCUAAUGGGAAAGAAAUAGAGGAGCCUUCUAUAGAUAAUAAACAAUGUCCAGGGAAGAAUCUUGUUGUGCUUUUGUGUAGAUUGUUCUUGGUGGAGUUUUUCUUGCAUUAUGAUACUUUUGGAUUUGAGUCUAAAAAUAAUGCUUUUGGUGCUGCUGUUACUAUUACUUCACUCACUAAGGCUUCUACGAUUUGAAGUUGUUUUUCCAUUGUGUUUAUAGGUUUUUUGUUUUGUUGUUGUUCUUCCUUCUCUUUAAAAUUGUGAAUGGAAUAUGUUGUAAAAGUUUGUUCAAUAAUUUGUUUUUUUCAUU